CAGUCUAUAUAAGGAAUGCAUGUACAUGCACAACCUCGAGUUUGGCAUUCUGUUUAUCUUAUCGUAUCUAACCGUGCUGUUAGAGGCGCAGUAGUUGCGACUGGAAAAAUAUAUUAACGGAAAUUAAUCGAAACUAAAGACGGAUUUGGGAGUUCUUAAUUUUUCUGUGUCAUUUCAUCAAUUUAGCGUAGCUACCGUCAAGGUUUUACUAUUAUGCUAUAUUGCAUCUCGUGGCGAUUUUAUGUUCAACACGCGCGUGAUAUGAAGUGAUACAGCCUAAAUCAUUAGGCUAUAAGUAUUAGAAGUUUACUUCUUCUAUUAAAAUGAAUGAAAUGUUACAGCUUGUCUAUGAAUGUAUUAUCUUUCAGUAUUUUGAGUUGGGAUUAUUGCGCUGUCUUGUGUUUUAUAGGGUACUCUGUAUAUUUCUACUUUUGUGAACCACGGUUCUUAUUUAAUUAAUUUCCUCUGUGGGCGGAAUGUUUUAUUACACGUUAUUGACAUGAAAGACUAUUAUUAUCCGUUAAUUUGUUUGUUUUCUCAUUAUUAUCACUAUUUUUAUUGAUCGUAAAGUGUUUUUAAAGCUCUUAGAUCUUUAGUGAAUGUUCAGAAGCAAAAGAUAAGGAUUUUCCCUCUGCCGCUGACGACGCGUGUGACACAGCGAAGUGUUGAGCCACCCAGUCUCAGCUCAGGAGCGGUAAACAUGUUUACCUGAUCGGGGGGAAUGGGGCUUUGGUCUUUCAGAUGUCCUCUGAAAAAGCAAAUCUGCGAGUCUAAUUUCUGGACAACUAAAUCCACAGACUGUGAAAAGGCGUCGUUUCGUGAAAACCGAUCUGUCUCUAACAGAAGCGAAAGAGAUUCCUAAACGCUGCAGCAAAUGGCAACUUGUGCAGUGACCAAUUACAGCAAUGUGGUGGAGGCGACCUCGGACUCGGACGACGAGGACAAGCUGCACAUCGUGGAGGAGGAGAGCCUUCCGGACACGGGCGACUGCGACAGCAACGCGCCCGACGACGAGCCGCCGCCCCACCCCGCCGCACUGGGCCACAACGGGCCCGCGGACACGGAGGACGGGUGGGAGGAAGAAGCUGCAGACGAUAUCCUGGGGCCUGAUGCUCAGGUGCAGAAAGUGGGAUUUAAAGUGAAGGAUGAGUGCGGUUCAGACGGGGAUGAAGAGCGCAGCACGGACGCAAUGGUGGAGGAGAUGCUGCAGCAGGGCGACACCGCCGUCAUCUACCCCGAGGCGCCGGAGGACGAGCCGCGGCAGGGCACGCCCGAAGCCAGCAUCCACGACGAGAACGGCACCCCGGACGCCUUCUCCCAGCUGCUCACGUGCCCCUACUGCGCCCGCGGCUACAAGCGCUACACCUCCCUGAAGGAGCACAUCAAGUACCGCCACGAGAAGAGCGAGGACAACUUCAGCUGCUCGCUCUGCAGCUACACCUUCGCCUACCGCACGCAGCUGGACCGCCACAUGACCGCGCACAAGUCUGGCCGGGACCAGACCCACGUGACGCAGACCGGGGGCAAUCGCAAAUUCAAGUGCACCGAAUGCGGAAAAGCAUUUAAAUACAAGCACCACCUGAAGGAGCACUUGCGCAUCCACAGCGGAGAGAAGCCAUACGAGUGCUCCAACUGCAAGAAGCGCUUCUCCCACUCCGGCUCCUACAGCUCCCACAUCAGCAGCAAGAAGUGCAUCGGCAUGACCCCCGUGAACGGACGGCCCCGCCCGGGGGGCAAAGCGCCCCAGUGCCCCUCCCCCUCCUUGCCCUCCCCGCCCCCGACCCCGUCCAGGGCCCAACUCCGCGACAAGGCGGAACACGGCAAGCCCCUGCAGGAGCAGCUGCCCCUCCACCAGAUCAAAUCGGAACCCGUGGAGUACGAGUACAAGCCGGUGGUGGUGGGGACGGGGGCCAACGGGGUGUUCAACGGGGGCUCCGCCCUGCAGGCGGUGGCCUCCCCUCAGGGCAUGGUGCAGGCCGUGGUGCUGCCCACGGUGGGCCUGGUUUCCCCCAUCAGCAUCAACCUGAGCGACAUCCAGAACGUCCUCAAGGUGGCGGUGGACGGGAACGUGCUCCGCCAGGUCCUGGAGAACGCCCACCUCAACGCCACCGCCUCCAAAGAGCCGGGCGCGGUCGUUGGCAUCACGGCAGGGGGCGGGGUGGGACAGGCCCAGCCGGGCGCCGCCCACUCCGUCAUCUCGGCUAUCAGUCUUCCCGUCGUCGAUCAAGACGGCACCACUAAGAUCAUAAUCAACUACAGCCUGGACGCAGGUCAGGCCUCGCUGGGAGCCCCGGGCCUGAAGAAGGAGGUCCCCUCCAGGGGAGCUGACGUCUGCAAGGCCGAAAAGCUCCCCGAGGACCUCACGGUCAAACUGGACAAAAGCAAGAAGGCAGAGAAAGAGGCAGAGACAGGGGCGGAGAAAGAGUCGGAUAAGGGCACCGGAACGUGUCUCCUUUGUGAAGACUGCCCCGACAGCUUAGAUGCACUUCACCAGCUGAAACACUGUAAGAAGGAGGCCCUCAGGGUCAACGGCGCUGAUGCCGAAAGGGCGGAGUUGGUGAUCUCGUCCCUUCUGCUGGACGCUAACCUGUCCCCCAGUCAGCCCCCGCUCAAAAACCUCCUGUCGCUCCUCAAGGCCUACUACGCGCUCAACGCGCAGCCCACCCGCGAUGAGCUCGCCAAGAUCUCCGAGUCGGUCAGCCUGCCCUUGGACGUGGUCAAGAAGUGGUUUGAGAAGAUGCAGACGGGGCAAGUCGCAGCGGAGGAGCCCGACCCCCAGGCAGAGGGAACCCAAGUGGCCGAGUGCGCCCGUUCUCCCGGACCGGACGGGAAGGCCACGGCGGAGGGCACAGAGACACUAACGGGCUCGCGGCCCGCGUCCGCCGAGCCCGCCGUCAACGGGUCCGAGAGCGCCCCGACCUCCCCCUCACCACUAAACCUGUCGGCGGGCGGGCUCGUCCCAAAGUCCGAGAAGGACACGGAGGAGCCGCUGGACCUGUCGCUACCAAAGCUGCCGCGAGAGGAGGGGGACAGGGCCGGCGGCAGCAGCGUUUACCACGGCAGUGUUUACUCCGUUCAGGAAGAGCCCCUGAACUUGACUUGCAUAAAGAAAGAGCCGCUGACUAACGGAGCGGCCGAUGCCGGCCCCAACCCCCUUUACGUCGCCCACUCAAGUGCCAACCCCAUCAACAUUGUUGCCACUCAGUUGCCCACUAUCGUGGCCAUCGCCGGCCAGAACAGCAUCUCCUGCUUACGGGCGCUGACCGCCAACAAGCAGACCAUACUGAUCCCGCAGCUGGCCUACAGCUACGCCGCUCCGGGAGGCAGCCCCACGGGGCCGGAGAUGCUGCAGCAGCCUGUGCAGGCCAACGGCAGGAACCAGGAGGAGAGGCAGGACACUAGCCCCGAGGGCGUCUCCGCCGUGGAGGACCAGAACGACUCGGACUCGGCCCAGCCCCGCAAGAAAGCCCGGAAGCUGGAGAAAGGGACGUACGCGUGCGACCUGUGCGACAAGAUCUUCCAGAAGAGCAGCUCCCUGCUGAGGCACAAGUACGAGCACACAGGUAAGAGGCCUCACGAGUGCGGGAUCUGCAGCAAGGCCUUCAAACACAAGCACCACCUGAUCGAACACAUGCGGCUGCACUCGGGGGAGAAGCCCUACCAGUGCGACAAGUGCGGCCGCCGCUUCUCCCACUCCGGCUCCUACUCCCAGCACAUGAACCACCGCUACUCCUACUGCAAGAAGGAGGCGCAGGAGCGGCAGGACGGGGCCGAGCCGGGGGCUCGGGAGGGGCUGCUGCCGCCCGUCGAGGAGCAUUCAGACAGCAGGGCCGCCUCCCCGCCCUCCCACCUGGACUCGGACGACAGGGAGAGCAGCACCCGGGAGGACGAGGACAGCGAGGAGGAGGAGGAGGAAGAGGAGGCUGAGGGGGGCAGCGUCAACGAGGAGGACAUAAGGGUGGUGCGGAUAGGUGAGGAAGGGGAAAGGGAAGACAGCGGGGAUGAAGGGGAGGGGGAGGAGCUGAUGCAAGGAGAGGAGGAGGAAGGGGAGGAGCCUUUGCAGGAAGAUGAAGAAAUACAAGAAGAGAACAAGGAGGCGGAGCCAGAGCAAGAGGAAGAGACAAUGCAGGAAGAGGAGGAGGAGGAGGAAGAGGAAGAGGAGGAGGAGAAGGAGGCACUUGUGCAAGGGGAGGCAGCACAGGAAGAAACAAUGGAGGUGCAGGAAGCACCAGGGGAAGGGGAGGCGCAGGAGACAGAGGAGGUGCAGAGGGAAGAGGAGCCGAUGGAAGCCGAGGAGGGCACACUGUCUAUGGGAGUGGAGGAGGCGGAGGCGGAGAAAGAGGAGAGCGAUACCAUAACGGAGCAUGACCACGAAGAAGAUGGGAGCCAGGAGAAUCACAUUUUCUAAAAUUACGAAACGAACAGAAGGAAUCCAAUGCAAGGAGUUGAUACCACAGCUGUUUUUCCCCUAUACAAUAAAAUUUUAUUGUAUGGGAAGAAUGGAAGAUUACUAUAUGGAUGCUGUGCUUCAGUACACUACUGUGUAUAAAUCCUGGUGUGCCUGACCUUAAAAAAAAAAAAAAGAAAAAGAAAAACUUUUUCACGUGAGAAAAAUUUUCAGUGUUACAAUUGUUUGUAAAAAAAAGUACAUAAAGUUUAACAAAAAAUGCAUAUACUGACUCUGAAAGCUAGAGUUGACACGUUUUAGAUAAUGUUUUAUUACUGAAGCAUCCUGGGUCAUUUCUUUUAUCAGUGUUACUAAUUUUUGUCGCUCAUGUUUUGACCUUUUAAGCUGUACAGUUGGGAGAGAUUUCUAUACCUUUUUAUUGCCAAUGAACUAAAUCAGUAUUUUAUUAGGUUGGAUGAAGAAAAAAAACCUGCACUACAGUAUUCCUGGUUUACCUAUGGAUACAACCUGCAUCAGUGUGGUCUACCCCUCAGUAUUAGUGCAGUAGAGUAGAUCUCCAUUACGUCAGCUGAUGUUAGCCAAGCGUUUGUUUUUUAAGUGAAUUGUGAGCCUUAAGAAGAAAAAUAUAUUCUGGGGAGUGAAAAAAGAAAGGAUGUGGCGCCUGAUACCGCCAGAGGAAAGGGGCGGUGUCAGAACCGCGGAUUCCAGGAUUCUCGCCCUGUUUUUGUUUUCCUUCCCCCCCCCCCCACCCCCCGAUUGUCUGUGGUUGAGUCUUCUGUCUUCAGUGUUCUAGUAUCAGGCGAAGCAGGAGGACGUACAAUAACAGAGCAGUUUACUUCCCUGCCCACCCCCCCCCAGCCUUAUGCAAGACCUGUGAGCUGUAAGUGCCAUUGAUCAGUGUUAACUCAGCGGCUGUAGCCAGUUGCUCUGCGUCCCAGGGCCCAUAUUAACUAACAUUUGUCCGCCAUCUUCGUUGCCCGUCUCACCACUCUCGUUGUCCCUUCGAAAAAAAAAUACGACUUUUGAGGUGAAGGUACUGCAUACACACAGUGUUAACUUGAGACACGUUUGCUUGUUUUUAUAACUACUAUUUUUGUAUUAAAAAUGGAGGUGCGUUCGAUAGUGAUGGGAAGAUAAGGGCUUUGUGAUCCCCGGACUUAUGUGGACUGAAUCGUUUCGUGUUGCUGAUGACGCGGAUUUGAAGUGGUCGCCGCUUUUUGCUGUCGGGAGCUGUCUUUUUAAAAAACUAACGUUAGCCCGUUUUCCUUCUUUCUGAAUGAGGAAUUCCCAGUUGUAUUUGGAGGCCCGUCCUAUUGCUUUGACACCCUCUGUCAAUUCAGGAGGGCCAGUUGAUUUCACCCUGCAGCCCGUCAGCUGAGCCCCAGUCAGUUUAUUGUAGCAGUGCAUGCAGACUCGGGGCAGGCAGGAGGCAGGCUGCAGGUAACCCAGUCAACCAGAGGGGUCACUGUUGAGCGACGAGGCAGGGACAGCCCUGUUGACCCCAACCCUCACUCCCUGGGAAACAUUGUGGCCAAUAAGGCACCGCCGGCCACAGUCGGCCCCGGCGCGGUCAGGACUUGAUCCCAGACGUGGGGUGCGCCACUACACCGAAAACCAGUGGUGUCAGCAGAAUGUGCCACCCAACAUAACUAAGAGCGAUGAUUUGAUUUGGUUCACAAAAGUCAGUGACUGACAGCAGGAUAUAUUUCCACCCAUUAUGGGGUUCUUGAUGCCUUUCUCUCCCAUACCUAGUGUUGGGUGUUCAGGAUGGAUAGACCUUUAGGCUAAAACGUAUACACACAUAUGUUUAUUCUCCUGCCUUGGAAUGCCAAUUGUUUGUGAUUUUGUGCACUUGUUUAAAAUGUAUGGCAAGCUUGGCUGCUCUUCAGGUAACAAAUAUUACUAAAUAUGGUCCCACAAUGACAUGUUUUAGAUGGUUUUACCUGUCAGUAUUAAUUUUGUUUUAUGUCUGUUUGUUUUGUUUUAGUUUAUUUUUUUAAAUGUUCAUGCAAAAAACUGUGUACUGUAUGUUUUCAACAAUGGCAGUAUUAGUACCCUCCUCACUGAUAUACAUACCUGUUUAGUUUUAGAAAACUUUUAUAUUUAUGUGUCUUAUUUUUAUAUUUCUUUAUGGUUAUUUAUUACACAGUGUAGUGUACAAUACUGUAGUUUGUAUUAAUACAAUAAUAUAUUUUAGUAUGAAAAAUAAUUUGGACGGUAAAAGAAUUCAAAGCUGGACGAAAACAUCUGGCAUUUUGAGAUAUGUUUUGAAAAGAGAAUUAUGUUAACAUUUCAGCUCGUCUUUGGCAAAAACACCUGGGAAACUCAAUUAGAACCUGUUACCUUCGCAUUCAUUAUCAAGUUAGUUUUAUUUUCCCCAUUUUUUAUGAAGCUACUGAACUUUGAAAACUAACUGUGUGACUAAUAGCAUGAAUCUUUGCUGUUGUAUUGAAGGAGUAUCCUAACCAUGAAGCUGUCCUGUCCUUUUACAAAGCCAAAAUUGUAUUGACAUACCUUUUUAUGUUUUAUUUGUGCCAAUUUGUUACUUUUUAUGUCUGAGUCAAGGCCACAAACUCGUUUUAAGUGUCCCUGUUUAAUCCAUGGUCAUUUUUUAUAGGUUUUGUUUUUUGUUUCGUUUAGUUUUUUAUGACUCCCCAUCUCACAAUAAAAUACAUCAACAAAGCAA